AAUAAAACCAAAUAAUAAUCUCGUAAGUAUGAUUAACAAAUAUAGAAUAUAAUAACACUGAAUUUUAGAGUUUUGGAGAGUCCCAUCUUGCUAAUGAGAUGAUGAAAUUGUGAUGGAAAGAUCGGCUUAGUCAAUUCAACCAAUUGAUGUUCAGUAUUGAUAUGUAAAAGUUUGGUUCCGCUGUUGCUCAUUGUAGAGUCAUUAAUUAAAUAUCUGUACAUUUUUGUUUGAUUUGAAUUUUAUUAAAAUCUAUGAGACAACAAUGAUCUCUUGUUCAUUAAAAGAAUCAAUACUAGAAAAUUGUACAUCGCAUGUUUUCAUAUUUUUCCAAGUCACCAAAUGACAUAACAAGAAAUGAAAUAACAAGAAUGCAGUUCAAACAACAGUUAGCAAAUCCUAUUCAUGUCAAGCCAGACAAAAAUCACAAACAGAAACAACAAAUAUACUAUCUAUAGAGGCAAAAACUCAUUAUAUAAACGCCUUCCUCUCUAUCACCAAUCUACACAUCUCAUACAACAAACAGAAGUCCUAGAGUUUUGUUUUGAACAGAAAAAAACUUGUAAGAGGAAAAUGGCGGGAAAGGUGUAUAUGGUAAUGGCAUUGAUAAUAAUGGGAUUUGUUUUACAAGCAUGCAAUGGAAUGAAUGUUGAUGUUGAUGAUGGUGAUGAUAUCAAGCCAACAGAAGAUUCAAGAUUCUUUUGCUUCAGAGUCUGUUCCAUUAGAUGUGGCAAACAAAACAAACCUUGUUACCAAGAAUGUUUGCCAAAAUGUGGUCUCCCACGACGACUUGCUAAACCAACAACAACAUCUCCAUCAUCACCGUCCUCCACCGUUUGAUCUUUUUUCUUCUAUCUGUGAUUUUUGCCUCUAAUAUUGAUCGAGCUAAAUGGUAAAGAUAUCUUCUAUAUGUGUUUAUCAAAAGACAAAAAUUGAGAAUUAUGAUAAACUAUGAUUAUGUAUCUGAUACUUGUGUGACAAGUCAAUUCAAACUUGAUUUUCUAUUAUAAGGACAUAGAAAUACAAAUGUGAUCACAAUUACAAAAUUAGAAACAUGGAAUCUGAUCAUUAUAAUAACCUAUUAUUAAAACAUCCAUCAGCUUUGCCAUGUUUCUGAAGCAAUCUCUGAAAAUGUCAAGUGAGGAAAACCUUCCCCCCUGCUUACUUUAUGCACAUUGCACUAUGCUUGUAGUUAGACCUUGUGUGAAGUAUACACCCUCAGUGAUUGCACUCUCUACCGUCUGAAACAAACGGUUGAA